AGCGCAGAUGAAAUUUUUAUUGCAAAUGGUGGUGACGGAAACGAUCCUAUAGUUGCGCAUGGAUUUUUUCACAUUCAAUUUUGCUGUAAAAUUUUCGUAAAUUUGUUGUGUGCCGUCGUUGCACAAUAACCAUAUAAUAAAUGUUUAUAAACAACAGCGUGUGUUUGUGAAUUGUACAAAAAUUCGAACGCAGAAACGGUUUUUUUAGGUGAAAUUCAAAUUAAAGAAGAGCUUUGCAACGGCUUACUGUCGAGAUCGUCUUCUGCCGACAUAAACUAAGUUACCAAAAUGGCAGCUAAUAACAAUAUUAACAUGCACAGUAUGUCCCCGCAACAUAUGUCGCCGCUAACCGGUGGCAUUAUGCCACAAUCUGUUAUUGCAUCAACCGGCAGUGUCAACCCUAUGAUCGGCAUUCCAACUAUGCCUCAACCAUCAAGCAGCGCACAAAGCGCUUGGGAUCAACUGACAGCGUCGUCAUCUUCAAAUGUGAAUGUGCUGAAUACCACCCCAACAACAAAUCUAAUCGCUAGCGGUGGUGCUCUAGGUAUGGGAAUUGGUAGUCAAUCCAACAUGACCACAUUACAAACGCUGCCAUCAGGAAGUAAUAAUAUUAUGGGUGUGGUUGGUGGUAUUUCGGGCACUGUCAAUACAGGUGGCACAGCUGUCGUAUCAAUGUCGGAUCCUAACGGUCUUGGAUUGAGUAAUAUGUCUGGCGGUAAUUCACCAGCGGCUAGUUGUGCUUCUCCCUCGACACCGACAAAAACAAAUGCACCGCCAUUGGACGGUAUGAUGGCGCACACUCCUACUCAAGGACCUCCUGCUAUGCAUAGCGGCGGCUAUGGUGAGGAAUUGACGGCUGAACUUGUUAAUCAAGGUUGGCGUAAAUUUUGGUCAAAACGUGAAAAUCGACCAUAUUACUGGAAUAAAAUAACUGGUGAAUCUUUGUGGGAAAUGCCCGGUGCACGUCCGUUCGAUCCACUAACAGAUCCUUUGGGCAUUUGUCACAGUGGCGGUCAACCGUCCAUGAAUCCCGGCAUGCCUCUUCAUCCGCAUCAUAUGCAACACCCGAAUUUAAAGCGUCGUCCCUCGGAUGACAUGCAUCUUCAUUCACACCAGCAGCAUCCUCCAUUGAAGAAAUUCGUAUUGGCUGGUCCUUGGGAUUUAGAGAUUUGCACAAAUGCGGUGAUUGUUGAACGGCCGCCAACGUUGCUGCCACAGCCACAUCCCGAAAUUGAAGCUUUGCGCGCCGCCUACACAAUGAAGCUUGUGAAAACGUACGAUGAUAUAUGUGUGCGACGCCAGAAUAUUAAAGCGCCCAAAGAUUCUUUCAACCGUUGGUUAAUGGAGCGUAAAGUGAUUGAUAAUGGCUGCGAUCCACUGUUACCAAGCAGUUGCAACCCAGAGAUAUCGCCCUCAAUGUAUAGAGAAAUUAUGGCAGAUAUACCCAUUAAGAUUGUUAAACCGAAAUUUACAGGUGAUGCACGCAAGCAACUGUCACGUUAUGCCGAAGCCGCUAAACAGAUCAUUGAAUCACGUACUGCACCAGCUGAGAGUAAAAAGGUCGUUAAAUGGAAUGUUGAAGAUACAUUCCAGUGGCUGCGCCGUACUGUUGGCGCUAGCUAUGAAGACUUUCAAGAUCGUCUCGCCCAUUUAAAGCGGCAAUGCGAGCCACAUCUUGUUGAGACCGUGAAAAGUUCCGUAGAGGCGCUCUGCAUUAAAAUCUAUCACUUGAGCGCUGAACAUGCUCGUAAAAUACGCGAGCGUCAUAUGCAAUUGCUAAAGGAGCACGGCAUCCCGGAGCCGACGCCACCACCACCACCGCCGCAUCUUAAGAAAGUGUGGUGCUAUCCGAUACAGUUCGCUGUACCAUCACCGCGUAUGCCAGCAAUUGAAUACGUGCAGGAUCGCGACCACAUGAUAAUAAAGUACACGCCAAGUACACAUACUCAACCCGAUGCGCAAUACAUCAAUUUAACACAUCUGCAAAAGUUGGAGCAAUUGUAUCGACACAAUUGUUUCGAUGAUAAGAAAUUCGAUUUGUUUAUUGGACGUGUUUGGUGUUUGCUUAAGCGCUAUCAAUCGUUCCUCGUUAAUUUAUUGAACUCGUCACAGGAGGCGGAAAUGACACAAGCAUCGUUGCCGGUACCGGUUUUCGAAUGUUUGCAUCGACACUUUGGUGUUAGUUUUGAGUGUUUCGCAUCGCCCUUUAAUUCAUACUUUAGACAAUAUUGUUCUGCGUUCGCAGAUACCGAUGCUUAUUUUGGCUCCAGAGGGCCGUUCCUUGACUUUAAACCAGUAUCCGGUUCUUUUCAAGUUAAUCCACCACAUUGCGAGGAACUUAUCGAUAAGGCCUUAUUGCACAUCGAUAAAUUGCUCACCGAUACAAUGGAGCCUUUGAGCUUCAUUAUAUUUUUGCCCGAAUGGAAGAGUAUUGCAAAACUGGAGGAGAGCAUGUUUAAACGCCGUUCCAUGGUGGUUUUGGGCAUGGCACAUGAAUAUCGUCAUGGCUACCAACAUAUUAUACCAAAAGCUGACGUCAAUGUAAAAUGUAUGCAGGGUACCCAGGUGGUUUGGUUGCAAAAUAGCGCCGGUCACACUCGUUGGGGCCCCAAUGAAAAUCGUGUUGAAGCGUUGCGUGAGGCAUUCAGGCCACAGCGCGAUCGUGAGCGUGAACGUGCAGCAGCCGCAGCAGCUGCAGCUGCUUCAUCGCCACAAUCAGUUACACAUCAGUCUUCGGCUGUGCAUACUCUCAAUAAUAACACAAGUAACAGCAACAACCUUGGGGGCGGCAGCAGCAGCAACGUUGCAAACAUAAAUGCCAGCACUUCAGCAGCCUCCGCCUCCGGAGUUGCUCUGUCUACAAAUACUAAUUCAACCGUAAAUCUUAACCUUAUUGGCAGUGCCAGUAAUUCAAUGCAAUCUUCGGGAGCACCACUCUCACCGCAUACGCCACCAAAUAUGACGACAUCAUCGACCGGUUCGCCAGCUAUGAGCAUCCAAAGCGCCUGUUCUUCACCUUCAUCUUCGUCAAUGUCACUUUCGCCUGCUGCACCGAGUGCCGUAGGUAUGUUAGAUGGUGGCAAUACUUCGGUAUCUAUUACAGCAACAGCCACGGCAACAGGUGGUGCAUUCGCCAGUCUCGUAGCUUCUUCCACGUCCUCUGGCAAUGUCGUAGGUGGUGCAACCUCUGGUGCUGGAGGCAGCGCUAUCAGCAGUAAUGCCGGCCAAGCUGUCGUCAACUCCGCAGUUUAAACGUGCAUUGAUGUUUUUAAGGCUUUGCUAAUGCAUCAAGAAAGAAUUAAAUUACGAAUUGAAAUUAAUUAAGAUAGAAAUGAAGUGGUGACCAGAAAAAAUAGAAUAAGUACAAAGGUUUGUUGCUAUUGAUUUCUACAUCCAAGCACACCAUAGGAUGGGUAACAAACCUUUUCUAUUUUUGACGUUAAUGUAAUUUAUUUAUUAAGGGAGAAAGUGAAAUAUGUAUGAAAGUGUAAAGAAACAAAAAUCUAGUAAGAAAUAUAGUUCUAGUUAUAGAAAAGGAUAAAAAAAAAAUAAUUCAAAAAUUUUGAAUUCUUUUUAAACAUGCAAAUAAAAUAUACAAACUGUAUGUGUUUAUACUAUACGAUCACUUCACCAUUGUCUAUUUUUAGUAAUGUAGUAUACAUAAAAUUUACUUUAACAUAAAAACUUUACUCUUUGGCUUGCUAUUGCGACGUCGACUAGUAGAGAACUGCAAUGUCUUCUUCUAUACUUCUUUUACUAUUUUUAUGUAAUUUUUACACUGAUGCAAAAUAUAAAGUAUUUGGUAAACAAGAAAUGUAAUACACCUUUUUGUUUUUGGUGCCAAUUAACAUUUUUAAAAUAAAUUUUAAGUUGACUAAAAUGCUUUAAGCUACAAAAUUUAUUAUUUCCUGUGGCAAAAACAAAAGCGAACAAUCAUAAAUGUAAAUUCAAUAUUUUACAUGCCAUUUGUUUUAGUUUUAAAUUGGCAGGUUGCAGGUAUUUUUGUAUUUAUCAAAAACAGCGUGUGCCGUACGCUGGGGUCUAAAAAUAAAAUAGUUAAUGAAAUCAACGUCAAAUAGCGAAUAGCGUAAUUGCAACAGUAUAAAAAAAUAUGAAUAGUAACUUGAGACUUUUAAGAGGGCAGCUAAUUUAUUACUGUUUUAUAAAAUCAAAAUUGAAUUAGCUAUCGAUUAACGAAAUUUAAUUAUUCACACAACAUUUUGAAGCUGAAUGAAGGGUAAUGAUAUUGUGAAGUAGAAAGAAACGUAACUUUACAUUCAUAUAAGAAUUGGGAAUGACAAUUUAGUUUAUUUAUCCAAAUCGGUAUUAGACAAUUUCUGCAUCGAAUGUGGAAGCUCAAACUGAAUCUGAUGCAGGCUGAUUAUAAAUAUGAUUUUCUUUCAGUGCAUUUUUGUUUUUUAAUUUUCUUCUAAGGCAGGCGUUAGCUUUUUGAGAUACAUUUGAAAAAUAAUAAUGCUUUCAAUAAAUUUUUGGCCUUUUUUAAGGUGUGAAUUGUUAGAAAAAGCAAUUAUGCACCAAUACGGAAUUACUAAAUUUUUAUUUAGGUGUUGCUUAAAAGAGUUUUUAAACUUCUCGCUGUCAAUAUACAUAAUAAUUUUGUAUACGAUGGGAUCGAAGCGUCGUAACUUAUCACAAUAAUUUCGAUUUUUAAGGUCUCUUAAAAAAAGUGUUUUAAUUUUAUGGCAAUGCUUAUUUAGAAAGUUCAAGUUCCCGAAUCCUCACACUUUUAUUACAAGUAAAAUUAAAAUUAAAAAAAUUUUAGCGGAAAACAAGAUAACUAAAACUCCAAAAUAACGCUAAAUAUGUACAAAAUAACUAUUAAAUUGAUAUAUAAAAAUAAAGUAGUUGUAAAAAUAUGUGGAAAAAGCAAAAAACUUUAACUAUACAUCGUUUAAAAUUGUCAUACAACAGUAAAAGAAAGAUGGUUAAAAACGCCAAAACUACAGAAGCACUUGACAAGAAACAAAAAAAAUUUUUAACAUAUUCAAAUAUGUAAAACUUGACUUGAAAAUUAAAAAAAAAUUAAGACUCAACAUGUAAAUACUAAAAUGAAAUCAAAGCAUGAAGUAAGAAAAAACACCUAGACGGUCCUCACCAAAUUUUAAAUGUAAUACAAAUCGAACAAAUGACAUUGAAUUGCCUUCCCUUUGUUUUUUUUUUAUUCAACUUUUAAAAGUAAAAAGAAUCAUACAUUCAUACACUUGUAGCAAUAAUUCAAACACCAAUGUACAGUUACUUAACAAAAUGUUUUAUCAUUAUUAAAAAAUUAACAAAACAAAAAAGUGCAAUCGAUGCUGUUUAAUGUCACAGAAAAAUACAAAAUCCAUAGCAGUUAUUACACUUAAACAAUUUCAAUGCAAAUUCUUGGCUUAAUAUACUCUGGCUCACCCUCGCUCUCUCUCUCGCCUCCUUUUUUACAUGUUGCUUUGUUUCCUAUUAAAUUACAAUAUCAAUAUUUUCCGUCAAACUACUUUUUGCUGUCAAACUAACUCGCUCAUGCAAAAUCACGCCAUCCAACUAACAUAGCCUCCAUAAAAACCAAUUGAUUGCGUAUGCGCAUAGUAUUCAUUAGAUGUACUGCAUGCAUAUGCACAUACACACAUACAUAUAUUAGCAAAAUUUAUUGUUAGUAAAAAGUUGCACCCAAUACCUACUCAUAGCAGCCGAGAAAAUAAAUGCAUUUUUAUCCAGUAGAAUAACUGUUUAGCAAAAAGGAACAGCCAAGACACACAUAAAUGAGAAAACUAAAAACUUAACAAUAAAUUGUUGAUAUUUUAUUGAAUUAUUGCAAAAACAAAACAAACACAAAAAAAACAAUAAAAGGAAAAUGUGUAGUUCAAAUUUUUGUUGUAUUGUUAU